AUACCAUCCUAUCCUAUCCUAUCCCAUCCUAUCUAUCCCAUCCUAUCUAUCCCAUCCUAUCCCAUCCUAUCCUAUCCUAUCUAUACCAUCCUAUCCCAUCAUAUACUAUCCUUAUAAGGGUACAAGGCGAGACCUAGACGCAGACACAGGAGGCAGAUGGUUUGAGUCUUUGAUAUUUAUUACACCCAAAAGGGGAAGGCAAGAGAAUGGUCGUGGACAGGCAAAAUGUCAAAACCAGGUCAGAGUUCAGGAGGUACAGUGGCAGGCAGGCUCGAGGUCAGGGCAGGCAGAAUGGUCAGGUAGGCUCGAGGUCAGGGCAGGCAGAAUGGUCAGGCAGAAUGGUCAGGCAGAAAGGUCAGGCAGGCUCGAGGUCAGGGCAGGCAGAAUGGUCAGGCAGAAUGGUCAGGCAGAAUGGUCAGGCAGGCUCGAGGUCAAGGACAGGCAGAAUGGUCAGGCAGGCUCGAGGUCAGGGCAGGCAGAAUGGUCAAGCAGGCUCGAGGUCAGGGCAGGCAGAAUGGUCAGGCAGAAUGGUCAGGCAGGCUCGAGGUCAGGGCAGGCAGAAUGGUCAGGCAGAAUGGUCAGGCAGAAUGGUCAGGCAGAAAGGUCAGGCAGGCUCGAGGUCAGGGCAGGCAGAAUGGUCAAGCAGAAUGGUCAGGCAGGCUCGAGGUCAGGGCAGGCAGAAAGGUCAGGCAGGCAGAAUGGUCAGGCAGAAAGGUCAGGCAGAAUGGUCAGGCAGAAUGGUCAGGCAGAAAGGUCAGGCAGGCUCGAGGUCAGGGCAGGCAGAAUGGUCAGGCAGGCUCGAGGUCAGGGCAGGCAGAAAGGUCAGGCAGGCUCGAGGUCAGGGCAGGCAGAAAGGUCAGGCAGGCAGAAUGGUCAGGCAGAAAGGUCAGGCAGGCUCGAGGUCAGGGCAGGCAGAAUGGUCAAGCAGAAUGGUCAGGCAGGCUCGAGGUCAGGGCAGGCAGAAAGGUCAGGCAGGCUCGAGGUCAGGGCAGGCAGAAUGGUCAGGCAGGCUCGAGGUCAGGGCAGGCAGAAAGGUCAGGGCAGGCAGAAAGGUCAGGGCAGGCAGAAAGGUCAGGGCAGGCAGAAAGGUCAGGGCAGGCAGAAUGGUCAGGCAGGCGGAUACAGAGUAUAAAAACAGGCAAAUGUCAAAACCGGGAGGACUAGUAAAAAGAGAAGAGUAAAGGAGCACAGGAAAAACACGCUCUCUCUCUCUUUCUCUCUGUCUCUCUCUCUCUCUCUCUCUCUCUCUCUCUCUCUCUCUCUUAUGUAUAUUACAGAACAUAGAUCCCCCUCCCGUUUAGCCUGAUCACUAGCCCGGUGGAGAAGACUGCAAGAAGGGCCUCAGAAUCAGACCAGAGCGAUGUGACUGGCCCGGUGGAGAAGACUACAGGAAGGUCUCAGAAUCAGACCAGAGCGAUGUGACUGGCCCGGUGGAGAAGACUGCAGGAGGGGCCUCAGAAUCAGACCAGAGCAAUGUGACUGGCCCGGUGGAGAAGACUACAGGAAGGUCUCAGAAUCAGACCAGAGCGAUGUGACUGGCCCGGUGGAGAAGACUACAGGAAGGCCUCAGAAUCAGACCAGAGCGAUGUGACUGGCCCGGUGGAGAAGACUACAGGAAGGCCUCAGAAUCAGACCAGAGCGAUGUGACUGGCCCGGUGGAGAAGACUACAGGAAGGUCUCAGAAUCAGACCAGAGCGAUGUGACUGGCCCGGUGGAGAAGACUACAGGAAGGUCUCAGAAUCAGACCAGAGCGAUGUGACUGGCCCGGUGGAGAAGACUACAGGAAGGUCUCAGAAUCAGACCAGAGCGAUGUGACUG